GAGCGGCGGCAGCAGCGGCCGCGGCAACAGCUCCCGCUCGGGCUCCGGCUCCCGCUCGGCCCCGUUCGGCCCCGCGCGCCCGGGCCCCGCGCCCCGACCCCGCCGCCGCGCCUGCCGGGGGGCCUCGGGCGCCCCCGCCGCCCGCCUCACGCUGAAGUUCCUGGCCGUGCUGCUGGCCGCGGGCAUGCUGGCGUUCCUCGGUGCCGUCAUCUGCAUCAUCGCCAGCGUGCCCCUGGCGGCCAGCCCGGCGCGGGCGCUGCCCGGCGGCGCCGACAACGCCUCGGCCUCCUCGGCCGCCGCCGCCGCCGCGUCCCCGGGCCCACAGCGCGGUCUGAGCGCGCUGCACGGCGCGGGCGGCUCGGCCGGGCCCCCCGCGCUGCCCGGGGCGCCGGCGGCCAGCGCGCACCCGCUGCCACCCGCGCCCCUCUUCAGCCGCUUCCUCUGCACGCCGCUGGCGGCCGCCUGCCCGUCGGGGGCCGAGCAGGGCGACGCGGCGGCCGGCGAGCGGGAGGAGCUGCUGCUGCUGCAGAGCACGGCCGAGCAGCUGCGCCAGACGGCGCUGCAGCAGGAGGCGCGCAUCCGCGCCGACCAGGACACCAUCCGCGAGCUCACCGGCAAGCUGGGCCGCUGCGAGAGCGGCCUGCCGCGCGGCCUCCAGGACCCGGGACCCCGCCGCGACGCCAUGGCCGACGGGCCCUGGGACUCGCCCGCGCUCAUCCUCCAGCUGGAGGACGCCGUGCGCGCCCUCCGGGACCGCCUGGACCGCAUCGAGCAGCAGGAGCUCCCAGCCCGUGUGAACUUCUCAACCGCCGCAGCCCCUGCACCCGCGGUGCCCACCGCCCUGCACUCCAAGAUGGAUGAACUGGAAGGGCAGCUGCUGGCCAAGGUGCUGGCCCUGGAGAAGGAGCGCGUGGCUCUCAGUCACAGCAGCCAGCGGCAGCGGCAGGAAGUGGAGAAGGAGCUGGACGCCCUGCAGGACCGUGUGGCCGGACUGGAACAUGGGUCCUCGACCUACAGCCCCCCAGAUGCCUUCAAGAUCAGCAUCCCCAUCCGCAACAACUACAUGUACGCCCGUGUGCAGAAGGCACUACCCGAGCUCUAUGCCUUUACCGUCUGCAUGUGGCUGCGCUCCAGGUCAGAUGGCAGUGGCCAGGGCACGCCCUUCUCCUACUCCGUGCCUGGGCAGGCCAAUGAGAUUGUACUGCUGGAGGCGGGCCAGGACCCCAUGGAACUGCUGAUCAAUGACAAGGUGGCCCAGCUGCCUCUGAGCCUGAAGGACAAUGGCUGGCAUCACAUCUGUGUCGCCUGGACCACGAGGGAUGGCCUGUGGUCUGCCUACCAGGACGGGGAGCUGCAGGGCUCCGGUGAGAACUUGGCCGCCUGGCACCCCAUCAAGCCUCAUGGGAUCCUCAUUCUGGGCCAGGAGCAGGAUACCCUGGGCGGCCGGUUUGAUGCCACCCAGGCCUUCGUGGGUGACAUCGCCCAGUUUAACCUGUGGGACCACAUCCUGACACCUGCCCAAGUCCUGGGCAUUGCCAACUGUACCGGGCCACUGCUGGGCAACGUCCUCCCCUGGGAAGACAAGUUGGUGGAGGCCUUCGGGGGUGCAAAAAAGGCCACUUUUGAUGUCUGCAAGGGGAGGGCCAAAGCAUGAGGGGCUGCCUCAUCCAGGGUCCCUCCCUUGCCUGCCAGGGGACCUUAUGGUGGGGGCACACAUUCCCUCCUCGGCCUACCCACACACUGGCCUCCCCUCUCGCCCCACUCCUGGCCAUGCCACCUGUUUCCCCACCUAUACCCACACCUCCAGAAUGUCCUGCCCUGCAGCGCCUGUCCCCUAACCCCACUUGGAUGGGGACAAGCAGCUCAAGCCAACAGGCCAAGCCUGGGGUGAGUCCAGGGCCUGGUGGGGGGUGGCAUCAGAGCCCCCCCCCCAGCACUGCCCACCUUCUCAGCAUUACACUGGAGCUCUCUCUUACCCCCACCCAUGCUGGCCCUCAGCCACGUCUGAUUCCACUGAUCUCAACAGCAUGUCCCACGGGGUCGUGUAUGAGGGAAGGACCCACUAUCUCAGCAGCAGGCUUGGCUAUCUGCCCUCCUGUCCCCCAUGCAACAGGCCUGGCCCCUUCCCCUUCAGGGCCACAACAGACUCUAGAGCUGUCCCCUGAGCUGAGAGGGGAUGACAGAGACAGGAGACUCAGACUCCUCCCUCCUCCAUCUUUCCACCCGUGGCCAGCGAAGGGCCACGGGAUCUUGACGGAGCCUCCUGCCCCUUCUCUCUUCCUCUUCCCUCGUUUCUAUGUGUGCAGUGGUUUGAGUGUUGGUUCCAUGCCUGGCCCACCCCCCCACGUCGAUUUCCAGGACAUCCCCUUCCAGCUCCAGCCUGAGGGACAAGACCCUCGGAGGCCCAAAGGCCAUAGUCACCCCUUGUGCCCACCCACACGUGUGCUAACUGGCAGGUCACCUCUCCAUGCCGAGGAUGGCCUGGGCCACUUCAGCCUGGGCUAGGAGCAGUUUGUGUCAGAGACAUGUGCCCAGGGGACCCAGGUUACAGCAGAACCACAUUACCUACUCCCUCUGCAUGGCCCUGCAGCCUCUGGGGAAAGAGGGGAGAAACCAAGUAGGCAAAGAGGGGAGAAGCAUGGAGUGGUGUGCAGAGCACUGGAUGAGAAGAAGCCCAUGGUUCCUGGCUAGCCUGGCUGCUAACCUGCUGUGUGGCCUUCUGUGAGUCCCUGCCCUCUCUGGCUCAGCCUUCCUCAUUUGUAACCCUUGCUUUGGUCAUUCCGGAGAGCUCUCCAGAUCAGACGUGAGGUGGUCUGUUGUUCCAAGUGGAUCAGAUGGGGCAAGCCCAAAGCUGCCCAGGAACCAGAGGCAGAUCCUGAGAGUAAGUAGCAGAUGGGAUCUGGCUAGGCAUGGGUCAGGAUCAGCAGUGGCUUCCAGAAAGUCAGGGGCCGGGGCAAGGGCGAGGGACAAAGCGGACCAGCCUCAUGCACAGAUUGUAAAAACCAGCUUUUCUGGAUUCCCCCCACCACCACCACAGCCUGGCACCCUUGCCUGUCUGAAAGGGCUGGUGGCUUCCAGCUCCCCACCCUGAGUCCUCACCAGCUCCCCCAAGAGAGUAGAAGAAUGUAAAAGCUGAGAAAAACCACUCAGUCUGACUUCUUGCUUGUAUAGAUGGGGAAGAGCUCCAAGAGGUCAAGUGACUUGCACAGGAUCACGCAGCACAAUGUGGCAGACAGGACUAGAACCCAGGGCUUUUGACACUACCUUCAGUGUUUUUUUCCCCCUACACCAUACUGCCUGGCCAUGAGUGUCUUCACGUCCAGCCUUCACCUGAGAGGAUGGACAUUUGAAAGAGAUCAGAAUGCUUUCCAAUAUGAACAUCUUCCUUUAUGAA